AAUACUUAGAAAAUUUGACAAAGCUAGAAGAACUGGAUGUUAGCAAUAAUAAAGUGUAUGGUAGUUUGGAAGUUCUAAAAAAUUUAAACGAAUUAAAAGUAUUACACAUCCGAAAAAUCAAUAUCACUGCUGAUCUAGAAGAUUUGACAGAAAAUAUUGAAUUUAUUUAUUGCGACAAAGAAAAAUUUCCCAAAUUAGAAAACUAUGGAGAUGAAGAAUUUGGUUUUGACCUCCAAAAAUGGAGAAAUAAUUUAAAAAAAGAUCAACUAAUCCAAUCCCUCGAAGAAGAAAACGCCAAAAUUGAAUCGUUAGAAGAUGACAUCCUCCGCUUAACCAACUUAACUAACGAGCAAAAAAAAAAGAUAGUUGAUGCUUACUUAAAAUUUGCUCCUGAAAAAGAACUAUUAAAAACUCUAAUUAUUGUCUGCUUAGAAUACAACAAGGCAAAAAAGAAAAGACUGCCAGUUAAAGAACUACGCCAAGAAUUCGAAAAACUUCGUGAUGAGUUAGAAAAUAAAGCAGAACUGGAAUUAGAAAGUGAAAUUAUCAAGAGAAAACUAUUGCUCAAUGAUGCUUACCAAAAAGUAUUAAGUCUAACUGUUAAUAUUAAUGAAAGGAUUGAAGUUUAUCGAGGUAAUGUCUACAUUGGAAAUAUCAUAAAGUCUCAUAAUGAAAUAGAUGAUUAUCAUCAAGGAGAAACUAGUCUUACCGAAAUGCUAGAAGAAGAAGUUAAAGAAAUAAAAAUGACAAACAAUGUCUAUUCACCUUUUAAUGCUGAUAGGGGUCAUGUCAUUGUUGGUAGCAGAAUAGAAAGUGGAGUUGAUUUAAGUCAAAAUAAGACAAUUACCCAAAGCAUUAUCUCCAAAGGUAAUACCAGCAUAGGGGGCAACUUUUCUCCUCAAAUAAAAACUAGUCAUGAGGAAGAAAUUAGGGAAGCAAAAGUAGAAAUACCAGUCACUAAACCUGACUAG